AUGUUUCUGAAGCUGAUGUUAUUUUCGGAACAAACUUUUCAAGAAGAUUCAGGUGAAGCUGUGUCGGAUCGAGUAUAUGGAGCGGAUGUUUCUGCAUCUGAAACAAAUCAGGGGACGCAAGAGCUGCUGUCUCGAAGAUAUGGUGCUGCUGACGAGUGUGUAUGGAUGGAUGCAGAUGAGCGUUUGAAAAUCUCUACGGUCGACAUUUUAGCAGAUCCGAACAAACCGAUGCAACUCGGAUGCAAAGGGCAAGCGGAUUGGUUUCUUAUCGCGAGCGGUGGCGAUGUUCCAUCUCGUUCGCCUUGUGAACGUGAAAGCAGUGAUAUGUUUUGGUAUACCGAGAUUCAGAUGAUGAAUAAAGUUGCGACGAACAACGGUGGAUUCUGUGAAGAGAAAUUCCUGGAAGCAACGAGUGUGUUGAAUGCGGUGGGUGACGGAGAGGCGAAGGAAAGGAAUUGGUUCGCAGGAUUUCAUGGUGGUGCUGUUAAUCAUCUUAUUGGUGACAAUGAAAAGCCUUCUGAAGCGGAACAAGAUCAAACGAGGCGGAAAUACAAAGCUCUCUAUGAAGUGCUGCGAAGAACGCGGUCUGUCUUGAAGGUGAAAGAACUUGAUCAUAGGAAAACACUGGUCCACCGCCUUGAAUACGCUGAUAAGUGCGAUAUUAUAGCUGGCAGGAUAGUGACUGGUACCCGUGAUUUUGGUUGGACUCCUCUUCUUGAGUACACGGAAACUGAUAAGCCAGAAAGAGACUAG